GGCCUGAAUCGCAAGCAAACCAAGCAAGACAAGCAACGAGACGCUUCAUCUUUCGAGCUUUGUCACAAAACAGUCGGACGAACAGGGUUGAACGAGGAACGGACGCGCGCAAACACACUCCUCAUAGCAAAGCAUGGCGAGCGAACAAGCGCCAGUGCCAAUGGACACGACCACGACCACGACCACGCCUGCUGGGUCUGCGACAUCGGAUACUGCGGCGGCUGCGGCUGCGCAUCUCGCUGCCACGUAUGGCGGAGGCCUGCAUCGCCCAGUUGCGGCACAAUCCAAGAAACCAGCCGACGACGACGACGACAACAACGACGCCAUGGUCGAUGACGAGGCAGACAUUGAAGGUGAUGAAGACAACGACGAUGAUGAUGACUCGGACGACGGCAAGUACAAGCAUGACGAGGACGAGGAGGAAUCAGAGUCAGCGGACGACGACGACGACGACGAAGAGUACGACUCGGAUGAGCGCCGCAACAAACGCAAGCACGCUUCGAAAUCAUCCUCAACAACCAAGCGACACAAAGGGAGCACCUCCAAGCGGAAAAAGUCUCGCAAGCCCAAGACACGCAUGGUGGAGCGCGAAACGACCAGCUACACGAGUUCGGGCAGGGCUGUCGUCCGCAAGGUGAUGGUGGAAGAGCCCGUCACGCCCACAGAAACCUCUGAAGAGGAGUCCGACGAUGCAGGGCGCCACAGGAAUGGUCGACGAGGCGCAGAUGACAGCGACGACGGCUCGGACGACGAUGACUUUGACAACCGCGGCAAGCGAUCGCACCGGAAACGCCAGCAGCGACGCGGUGGGGCCUCGACCGCGACCUCUUUUGUCAAACCGUCAGCCCGCGCACGGCGAGCAGCGCUCAACUCGGAGGACGACGAUGACGACGACAAUGAUGUUGUGGCUCAGGACAUGCGCAACUUUCGCGUCGGCUCGACUCGCGCCAACUCGAACGUCAAGUCCUACCGCGAGGCUUCCGAGUCUGAGACGGACGAAGACGACAUUGUUGGCCCCAAGACCACCCGACGAGGAGGCGCCUCCAAAAAGUCAGACGGCGAAGACGUGGACGUGGAGGACGCGGACGAGGCCGAGGACGACGAUGUGGAAGAGGAGGCUGCGGCCGACCGGUCCAACAUUGAUCGUGUCAUCAUCCACCGAGUUCGUUCCUCGCAGCCCACACUGCCCGACGAGCGUGCGGACGGGCUGUUUCUGGGCCUCCCGCUCGACUUUGUUUACCGCGUCAACGACAUUGAGUCGCCCGAUUGCGAGUUUCUCGUCAAGUGGGAGCAACAGUCGCACUGGCACAACUCUUGGGAGACGGAAGCUUCGUUGCAAGAACGAGGCGUCAAAGGUCUCAAAAAGCUGGCCAACUACAUCAAGACGGAGAACGAGCGGGCCGCUUGGCUGGCGGACGCGUCGCCUGAAGACGUUGAGCACGACGCCUGCCAGGUGGACAUGUACAUGGACUUGUCGCGACAACAUGUUUUGGUGGAGCGCAUCGUGUCGAGCCGUUCAUCCGAUGAUGCGAUGGAGGAGGACGACGACGAGGCGUCGUCGACGACAGGCGUCCAGUAUCUCUGCAAAUGGGAGGGACUGCUCUACUCUGACUGCACCUGGGAUGACGCAAAGCUUGUUGCUGCGCGCCAUCCAGAGAAGGUUGAGGCUUUUGAAAAGCGAGAGCAGUCCAAGAUGCUGCCCGACCCGCGCGCUCGCGCCUUGGUCCAACGCCCUGGCUUUAAGGAGAUUAAGGUGCAGCCUGCCUUCCUUGGUCGUCCAGUAGAGACCUCCGAAACCCCGCGGGCGGCCUCAAAGACUGAGACGGAGCAGCCCGCCGACGUGUCGACGGAAUUGGAGCCCGCAGCGGAUGAGAAUGCUGUUGCUGAUGGUGCCGAGCCCGUGCGGGACAAGGAAGGCAGCGAGCUGGUGCUGCGCGACUACCAGCUGCUCGGUUUGAAUUGGCUUGUCUCGUCCUGGUGCAAACAACAGUCGGUCAUUCUGGCUGACGAGAUGGGUCUGGGCAAGACCAUCCAAACGCUGUCUUUUGUUGGCUACUUGUGCCACGUCUUCCACGUGUAUGGCCCGCAUUUGGUGGUUGUGCCGCUUUCGACCAUUGCUGCAUGGCAACGCGAGUUUGAGCGGUGGCUCCCUUCCCUCAACGUGAUUGUCUACAUUGGCAACGCCGCCAGCCGCAAAAUCAUCCGCGACUAUGAGCUGUUGGACUCGACCGGCAAGCGCCCCAAGUUUAAUGUCAUGAUUACCACCUACGAGACAGUGCUGUCCGAUGAGGCGUACCUUGCGCGGUUCAAAUGGACCAACCUCAUGGUGGACGAGGCGCACCGUCUCAAGAAUGUGUCGUCGCGUCUGCACCAAGCCCUCGCUGGCUUCCACACCAACCAUCGCCUGCUCGUCACCGGCACGCCGCUGCAGAACGAUUUGCGAGAGCUGUGGGCGCUGCUGCACUUCUUGACACCGGACCGCUUCACGUCGUGCGACGACUUUAUCGAGCAGUACUCGAAUCUCGAGUCCAAUAUCAACAAGCUGCACGCCUUGCUGCAGCCCUUCUUGCUACGACGUGUCAAGAAGGAUGUCGAAAAGUCGCUGCCAGCCAAGGUGGAGCGCAUUCUUCGUGUCGACAUGUCGAGUCUGCAGAAACAGUACUACAAGUGGAUUCUCACCAAAAACUACACCAUGCUGCGCAAGGGCCGACGCGGCAACGCCGGUGGCUUUAUCAACAUUAUGAUUGAGCUCAAAAAGUGCUGCAACCACCCCAACCUCAUCAAGCCUGACGAGGAGGCGCCGCAAGAACUGGCCAACCUGGGUCCUGCACUCGCCGCUCCGGCUCCAGCCCCCUCUGACGAGACGACCAACUCGGCCCAGCAGCCGAUGGAGACUGCACCUCUCGCGUCAGGCGCGACCAAUGAGAGCAGCGGAGCAGCGGCGGCCGGCGGACAGUUGACCCUCGGUGGCCAAACGGACGACCGACUCGCUCGCCUUGUCAAGCAAAGCGGCAAAAUGGUCUUGCUGGACAAGCUCCUUGUGCGGCUGCGUGAGACUGGUCACCGCGUGCUCAUCUUUUCGCAAAUGGUCCGCAUGCUCGACAUUCUCGCAGAGUACAUGCAACGCCGCGGCUUUGGCUUCCAGCGCCUGGACGGCAACGUUCGUGGCGACUUGCGAAAGCAGUCCCUCGAUCACUUUAACGCGGAGGGCUCGACAGACUUUGCCUUCCUGUUGUCCACCCGCGCCGGCGGCCUGGGCAUCAACUUGGCCACCGCGGACACGGUCAUCAUCUUUGACUCGGACUGGAAUCCUCAAAACGACUUGCAGGCCGAGGCCCGUGCGCACCGCAUUGGCCAAAAGAACGUUGUUAACAUUUACCGCAUCAUUACGAAAAACUCGGUCGAGGAGGACAUCCUCGAGCGCGCCAAAAAGAAGAUGAUUCUGGACCACGUCGUCAUCCAGCGCAUGGACACGACUGGACGUGCGGUGCUCGGCUCUGCGUCUCCCAAGAAGCCGUCGAGCAAGAAGAAUGCGCGUGUUCACAACAAGAACCGAAAAUCAAUCGAAAGCGGCGACGAGGACGAAAUCGACGAUGGCGAGGAGGAGAGCGCGGAGGCGGAAGGCAGCGCUGGACCCAACGCAGCCGCGGCUGGCAAAGCGACCGGAUCGACCCCUUUCAGCAAGGACGAGCUGGCCUCGAUUCUCAAGUUUGGUGCGGAAGAGCUGUUCAAGGAUCAGCAAGACCAAGACAGUAAACUCGCCGAACUCGACAUUGACGAAAUCCUCGCGCGUGCAGAAACGCGUGAAACGCAGGACGAGGACGGCGAUGCCGCUGCAAACGGCUUGAUGUCGCAGUUCAAGGUGGCCAACUUUGCCACCGGCAGCAGCGAUGGCGCGAACGAUGCUUCCUGGGAUGACAUUAUUCCCAUGUCGGAGCGCGAGCGCAUGCAGCAGGAGGAAGAGCAAGAAAAGCAGAUGGCCCUGUUUCUGCCGCCACGCCGCGGCAGGACGGACAACCGCUCGUACAACGACACUGCGUUUGUUGCCGCGCGGCGACCGCACCGCGGCAAGGGCGAUUCGUCGGCAUCCUCGGGCGGCAGCUCGGAUGAGGAGGGGCCCAGCCGCCGUCGUGGCGCUGGAGGUGCAGGCGCCUCUCGAGGCGCGCGCAGCCUUGAAUUGGAGGGCUUGCCUGUGGCUGACGCCAGUCCGUUGACGCCUGCUGAGGUUCGAAGCUUGCUGCGCUCCUGGAAGCGCUUUGGCGACCUGCCAGCACGAAUGUCCGUCAUGUACGCUGAUUCUGGUCUGGCCGAGGCUCACGACGAGGCCACCGUUGCUGGUGUCGUGUCGGUGGUCCUUAAGGCCGCCCAAGCUGCGGUGGACGAGUGGGAAGCAACGUCCAAAGGCUUUGACAGCGCCAUCAAAAAGCUCGAAAAGCAGGGCGCUCUCGAAGCCAUGGACGAGCUCGGCUCGCACAACGCCGACAUCCAAGUGCAGAUUGCUGCCAUCACUGCCGAAUCUCAGGCACACAAGAAGAAAAACCCGGCCAUUGCAGUCCAGGGCAACCGAGUGCUGGCGAUCGAGUUGGUCGAGCGCAACAGCGACAUGCAGUUGGUGUCGAAAUUGCUGGGCACCUCCCUCGAUGCGCAGGGCAAGUUCACCCUCCCCUGCAAGGUCAUGGUUGUCAAGUGGCCCGCCGGCUGGGACGCCUCCGACGAUGCUCGUCUGCUCGUCGGAUGCCACAAGUACGGCAUUGGCAGCUGGGAGCAGAUGCUCGACGACCCGGCGCUCAAGUUUGCUGGCAAGAUUCUCCCAGCCAACAAUGCCCUUCCGCAAGCGUCUCACCUCUUGCGCCGCGUCGAGUAUCUGCUGAAGGUGCUGCGGUUUGACGCCCAGGGUCGUGGCUUGCGCACGUACACAAGCAAGGCCGCCGGCUCCAACGGCGAGCCAGUCCAUUCCAAGAGCCGCCGUGCGCCUGUUGUGACGACCCCGAUGAGCGAGGCCGAGGUUGCUUCGCGCCUGGCCUCUGUGGAGCCCGCCGCCAAAGCCAAUGCGCAGCAGAUUGUCGCCAUGGCUGCUGGAUUCAAAUUCAAAGAGCGCCCUGAGAAGGAGAAGGCUCAAAAGCCAGACCGCUCUGAGAAGGACAAGGAGAAGGAGAAGAAGGAACGAGCCCCAAAGGAGCGCAAAGAGCGCAAGGAACGGGAAGGUGGCGAAGCCAAGUUUGUCGUCCCGCAAGAGAUGCUCUCCUCGUUGCUGGCCACCCUGCGCGACGACAACAGCUCGUCGACUGCGUCUCGCCCUGAUGCUGCUGCUGCUGCCGAGGCAGCCGAGAAAAAGCCAAAGUCCGUCGUCAAGACCGAAAAGUCGGCAGAGGGGAAGAGCUCGGACAAGAAGGACAGUCCCAUCUUCCGCAUGUACGACAAGGCUAGCAAACUCGCUGCCUCUAACGCUGCCAGCACGUCAGCGGUAAACGACGCUGACGACUCGAGCAAGUCCCACCGCACGCCCGACAAGCACAAGGACAAGGAAUCGGAUCACCACCACCACCACCAUCACCACCACCACCACCACGAUGAGCACCACCAUUCGCGUGGUGAUGCGGAAGCGCAGCAACUGCUGGUACCCAUCAAACACGACGUUGCCAACUUUUUGGACUUGCGACAAAAGGCCGCGCACGAAAAUUGGAGCAAGGAGCGCGUCAGCCUCGAGACCAAGGAGCACCUUCUUCGCGUCGGUCGCUUUGUUGACACGCUCCCCGCAGACAUGCAAAGUCGUGUAUGGAAUGAAGUUGCUCGAAAACACCCAUCGGCGAACGGCGAUCACGUGAGUGCGAUCUAUAAACGACUCGCAAACAAGACCCCCGCGCAAUCGACCUCCUCGACUCCUCUCCCCAGUGAGAAGCGCCCCGCAGAGUCAGACGAUGCUCAGCGCAAGAAGCCUCGAAUGGAUGAAUAACGCCAAGGACCAGGUUUCUCGCUCUAUUUUUUUGCUUUCUGGUGCCACCAAAUCACACACACACACACACACACACACACACACACACACACACACACACACACACACACACACAUCCUUUUGUAGUAUAAUCAUAUUGAUUUCCAUCGUUGUA